AUGAUCUCGGUUGAAUCAACGGCAGCACAGGCGGCCUCUACAUUCACCCAGAUGCAGGGACCGAUUACUGCCUCCCCUUCACUCUUGAACCUGACCGCCUUCAAGACAGCCGCAGCAGAAGUGACUUCGUCGUUUACCCUCCCGUCCGCCGAACAGCUCCUUCGUUUCCCGCUCCGGUUCGCUUCGCUGAUUGACCGGGCAGUCCUUUUCAUAUGGCACCAGGUCUUCGUGGAAAGCUUUGGCAUUAAUAUCUUCACAAGAGGAGGCCCGCCGCUGGCGCAGGGUGCUGGUGGAGCACAGGUCAUGGCAGAAGCUGCGGCGCAACCUGCUGUCGCGCAAGCAGUCGCCGAAGCAGGCGCAGAGAGCUGGGCGGCGUUCUUUGCAGAGGCCUUUCAGGCGAGCACAUUCAAGUCAUAUUGGGGCAUGCUGCACUAUCUGACGUCGAGAUGGGCCUUUACAUGCUUCGCCAUGGCGCUCAUCCUGAAUCGCAUUGGGGUCUAUGGCGCUUCCCGGCAACGGAUCCAGCUGACCUGGACGAAGAGGCUAGCUCUGCGAAUACUACCCAUUCUUCUUUUCACCAGCCAGAUCCACUCGCUUCUCCAGGCUAUUCGAUGUCAAACGUCUCCGGACUACUCACUCUAUCGACAUGGCGACAAUAACAAAUACAGCCUGCUGGACUGGUCGACGGACGGUGGCCCCCUUCACACUUUUACAUCUACGCUACUCUUCCGCUCCACGGAUGCGGAUGCCUGUGCCGCUGUUGGAAUGAGCAGGCCGAGCCCAGACGUUCGAGCGCCACUUGGGUCUUUCUCGCUUCUCUGGCCUUCGUUCCUGCGUUUGAGCUUGUCUCAUGUUGUCGACAGCCUCUCUUGUUCGCUGCAACAGAUUCCGACCAUGACGGAAGUUGGCAUGUCAGUCUUCGAGCAUUCACUGGCAUUCGCCGAAGCCGAGACGAUGAUCUCCCACACCCUGGGGCUUGGCUAUUUUAGCACCGUCAAGGGCUCUGGCAGCGGCAAUACCACCGCCUCAGGCGUCUCACAAGCCGACUCCUCGCCUACGAUACCGGCGUCGGGCACCAUAUUGGCGCUCGCUGAUGCCACCGCGGCCCUCACUGGUCCCCACAUCCUGGAUCGAGUCAACGUGCCGGUCGAAGUUCUCUUGGUUACUCUGUUAUCAUGCUGCAACUCCUUAUCAUCCCACGUAAUUGCUGUCCUGGGCAAACAGCGUCAAUGGCGACUCGUCAAUACAGCAAUUUGGGGGAUGGCCUUCAUGGGGUCUUUCGUAUGGGGCUUGUUUACUACCAGUGUUAUGGUGCGAAGUGGAGAAAACGGCGACAACCGCCCUGUUAGCAGUCUCCUGCAUUUCCCUACUGUUGCGAUUGUUGGUUUUCUCCCCCAUAUGGCCAUACUGGUGGGCGUCGCCGUUUGUCUGGUCAUCUACCUCGUUGCGCUCACCUUGACUGCGAUAUCCCUAGGGACUAACCCACAUAUCCCGCAGCCGACUAGCCUCAAGGAACGCUUCGCCAUAGCUCACGACAAUCUGCAAGCAGCAGUGCAAACCCGUGGCAUCAACAUCCGCUGGUACGAGGACUUUUACACCGCACUUCUUCGUGUUGGGUUUGCAGCACUGACUGCAGCGUCCGAAGCUGUCUUCUUGAAUGAAGGCCGGGCCGUUGAAGUACGUCAAUUUACUUGGCUCGAGGAAGAUCGACUGGACGAGUUUGACUCGGCAAUGCGUGAAAUGCGUCCUUUUCAAGGUGCCGGCACACUUCAAAAUGGCCAGCAAUUUCAGAUCCUGGAAGAAUACGGCUUACCACCAUCGAGUCCCGGAGGAACUGACAAAGGAGGUGUUUGGGAGUCCGGCUUUGGCAAGGAAAGAAAGUUCGACAAGAAGGAAAACGAAUUGGAAGGGAAAGAUUCUUUUGUUUAUCCUACCCCGCGCGGUGGAGGCGUCGGGGCUGUUCAGCGGACGACGAGGUUCUACUUGCUUAUGAUUUACCUUCGCGGUAUUAUGUUUUUAUCGGCUGGAUACAUUGGGUUUGGGGUUGGCGUUUUGCUGGACACGAUUGGCAUCACGGCGAGGCCUCGCUGGCUCAGACGCCUAGUCGGCAGGUCAUUGAAGAAGAUGAACGCCGAGCGCAAUGCGACGACCACAGGCGCUCUUGACUUUUGGGUCUUGACCGAAGAUGGCAAGCUCACGAUACCCAGUUCUGACGAAGUCGAUAUUGAGCCGGAAAUGAGGAGGCGGCUGAUGACUGAGUUCUCAGGGGACAGAAUCGAUGAACUUCUCGACGCCAAGCUGUAUGACUGGUGGAAAUCCGGUGGUUGGUUUGGCACUGAAGACGAGAGCGGAGAGUACCAGCCAUCCCAUGCAGACGAUCUUGAUGAUGUUACGAGCGUGGUUUCAAUGUCCACCGACGCGGGCAGCAGCGUCCACGAAGACGAGUGGGAAUCAGAGCCGGAAGGUACGAGAACCCCAACGCAGACAUCAUCUGGGCAGACGUGGUCGUUUUCACACAUCCAGACUCGCGAGUCAACGCCGGAGCCCUUGCCGGAUUCACCGCUCGACGCUAUGACACUUGCAAGACUUCUCAACCCAAAAGACAGCGCGUCACGCGAAGAAGCGCGGAUUCUUUCCUCUCACCUGCUGGCCAGUGCGUCAGCUGACUCGCCUGGGAUUAUGACUCGCUCUCGCUAUCGUCGCGAACUCGAAGCCGAGCGGGCUAGAAUCCUGCUGGCAGGACGAACUCCAGGACUAGACACCAAACCGCACCACCAUGACCACAUGGGCAAAGUUCCGGCGGUCUCGUUAUAUACUGAGCCGGAGACCAAAGGCCCUCGACCACUGACAUCGAUUGAGGAAGCAGAAGUCCUAGAGUCCCUCAUUCUCGAGCGGCGAAAGAAGCAUACAUCUGCUCCUCCAUCGCGUAUUCCGGACGCUACGGAGACCGAUGAUGACUCUUCCAGACAGCUGGGUCCGCCCUGUGUGGUCUGCCAGGUCUCGUCGAGGACGAUCAUUGCCUGGCCGUGUCGCUGUCUCUGUGUAUGCGAGGAUUGCCGUGUCAGUCUGGCGCUCAACAACUUUGGAAAUUGCGUGACUUGUCGGCGAGCCGUGCAGGGAUUCGUGAGACUUUAUGUGCCAUGA